GUCAACUUUGCAUAGUCACCCGGUCGGAUGGGCUCAGCUCACUGGGUUAAUCUGUACGCACCGAUGAGCUCAUCUCGCGGUAAAAUAUUCUAACUAUAUGGAGUACAGAGUACAUUCUCUGUAGGGUAGACUGGGCAAGCAUCUUCUUAGUCUUCUUGUUUUUUCAUCAUCCCCGCAACAAACAUUUUCCAUCACUGUCUCAUCGCCACAGCCUGGAACAACCGCCAGCAUCACUAACCACACACACAUCUGGGCCAGGCUCUGAGGGAAACAGGAAGAAGGGUUAUCUUGUCAUUGUUACUUGUAAUUCGCGGUUUUAGGGAUUUACUGACUACAUUUCUUGCUGGGAGCAAUCUACCAUGCACCAAGAGUAGAGAGAUGGCCUAUCUUACAGAUGACAGAGCAUCAGGGCCUGAAUGGGCCCUUUUUCUGGAACAAUGCAUAUCCCACAGGAUCAUCUCUACCGAAUUCCGGGACUUUUCAGUAAUCAUGAUGCGCCGACAUCCCAUCUCGGAAAAGGCGCUGAUUCGAAUUGUCCUGGAAGCGAGAUCCGCCACAGGCCUCAUGUGGGAUCCGCUGAUACCGCUGUACGUUGAGGUAUUGCAAAAACUGGGCUACGUUAGUCUGCCUGAGAUACUAAAGACACUCUUGUUAUUUUCAACGAUAUAUGAUGAUUCACAUCCGGUAUCAAAGGCAGGGCCUAACCGAAAGGGCGUGAAAAGAAAGAAAAAAACGUCAACUUUGAUGACGGAUAACAAGAUAAUACAGAAUGUCAUGGCUACCAUCACUAUGGGUCAGGGACCUAAAGCAACGCGGGGCGCGACCGAUGUCCUUUGUGCCGUUGCCGAUUGGAUCUCUACCCUGCUUGCUUGGAGCCCGUCGUGUGAGGGUCCGGAAAGCGACCAACCUGGAGAUAUACUGGGCCAUCAGGAUGGAGCGUGUAUUUUCGGAAGCCUUGGCCUUUUGCUGGUUGCUUUAGUAGGCACUGAAAAGGGCGUGAGUGCCCUAUCUUCUUUGUCCAAAAAAGACCGGAAGCGUCUUGGACAGGCUCUUUCGUCAUACACACCUAUCUGUGCCAGUUACUCUCUUCCGCUAAGAAACAGGUUGGAUUCUAUUCAGAAAGACUUCAACAUUUAUCCGAGCGACAGCAGCAAAGGACUGGAAGAGUCGAUGAUGGGCGACGUUAAUGUUGCAGCAUUGCAGUUCGAAUCCAACGUCGUGGACAUUCCUACGACAAGUUCAAGAGCCGGGCUCUAUAUUUACAUUAAUGCUUUGCUUGCCGGACGCCCAUUGAUCGAUGACAGCAUGUUUCUUAACUACCUAAACAACCGCUACGGGGGUGACCACAUCUCAAUGGUCGAAGAGCUAAUUACCGCUGCGUUUGAUGUCUUAUCGAAUGGAAUGUAUCGAAAUGAAUCCAGCAAGACGAUGUUUCUUUUCAGAGCAUUUCUGGUCAACAAACUGCCGCCGUUCCUUGCUUAUAUGUCUGCCUCAUCCAUGUCACAAAUCCCUAUGGAGGUUUGCAUCACCCGUGCUUUGAGCCGCGUGGAUCCGAAUACAUUUCCAUCUUUCUCUGAAACCUUUUCUAUGCAAGGAAAUUCAGUGCUUUCGGACGUCAGGCAGGAGUUCCUAUUCUCUUGCGCCUUGCAUAAGUUGAUUCCCGAAUCGAGCAUCGAGCGUCUACUGGGAGAGAAUCCCAUGCAAACCCUUCCAGUCGGCGGCCAAUUCAUGAAGGACACUUUGAUCGCCCAGAUAAACAACAAUCCUGAGCGAGCGGAGCAACUUUUGAAUGGAAUUGAAUCCAUGGAAGGAAAUGCCGGAGCAAUAGUUGACGCUAUAAUUGAGGUCAUGCAUAACUUAUGCUCGAGGAAGGAGACAAUGACCUUGAAAAGUAUCUGUAACUCUCUGUCACGGCGGCCACAAACUUUAGAUAUUAUUCUCUUGUUCAAAAGCCCGUCCUUUAUUCUACAGCCUCUCUGUUCAUUACUGGAUGCGUGGAAGUGGGACGAAGACCAAGGCGAGAGUCAGCUAGUGUAUGAUGAAUUCGGCAGUAUCUUACUCCUGGUACUUGCGUUCAAAUACAAAUAUGCCUUGACUCCGCUAGAUUUGGGAAUAAAUAAACCUGACUCGUUUAUAUUGCGGCUUCUUGACACUGGUGCUUCGAGUCAGCAACUUAAAGAUCUAACCGAAAAGCAAAAUCAAAAUCUAGGGGCAUGGAUCACUGCGUUAUUUGUCGCCGAAGGGAUUAGUGAUGAGUCGAUGUCCUCAUGCAGUCCACAAGAGUUCUAUCUCCUGGUUGCAACUUUGUUCAGCCAAAGCUUAACGGCUUGUGAAGCUGGGAAAAUGGAAUUCGAAACACUCAAGGGAGGAUUUGAGUAUCUUCUCGAACCUUUCCUGCUUCCGGCGUUGGUGAUGGCGCUCACUUGGCUUGGAAACCAUAUAUGGGAGUCCGAAAGCGAUUUGGAAACGUCACUCAAGAUCCUCUAUGGCCUUGUAAAGCCCGCUUCUAUAUCUGGAGAAGCACAAGAAAUCCACCGGACUGUGUUGUGCAUCGCUUCGCGAACACUGGAAGCUACACUAAAAGAUACCCGGGCCCGCCACCCAUCUCGAACGGAUAUCAGCCCGAUCCUAGACGUCCUCGAACAAUAUCACUCAUUUAGACGAACUGGCGCCACCAAUCAAACUGAACUAGAUAGUUGGAGAGCCAACCCUGCUGGUGGAGGCUUAGUGACCAGUAUUCGCAACACAUUUUCGUCACUUGUUUUAUGGAGCACAGACCCAGAGAUAAGCAUGACUCCUCCAAGUUACACUCAUCGUCAAAUGCUAGCCGGGAUAGGACACGUUGGUUCUGAAAGAGUGCUCCAGGGACUAAUUGACGAGCUUAAAUUACAAACGGAAACCGGAAGUGGUAACUUAGCUUUCGACAUUGCGGCAACACUUAUCUGUGCUCCAAUGGCCGAGUCAUUCACAUUAGAGCAGAUAUUAUACCGACACAUGGAUCAAGAUAAAUAUCCUCUUCCUGGAUGUAGGAUGCUGACACUUCGUGAUGCCCUUGGUAUACAGCGAGAAUCUUUGUCAAAAUUAAUUGAGGCGGAUCCACACCGUGCAGAGCUAAUAAUCCGGCUUCAUCGUCGAGUAGAGGCACUUUGUUCCAUCCCGGAAAUAGCACCGGGGGACGUGGAUGUCGGUAAUAUCAUGGACAGUAUCCACCUCGAAGCAGUUGGUGGCGAUGAUGAACAGCGUGAACAACACCAGCAACAGCAGCCAGAUGCAGACCAAUCCAAUCAAGGAGUCGUCGCCCCCACUGGAAAUACACCCGGAAAUCUCGAUGCUAUGCUUGAUGCCGCCGCUUCAGCUGUUGUGGCAGAUCCGAACGGUACUGCUGGAGCAGAGGCAGCUGCAGGAGCAGGGCUACUUGGAAAUGGAGUUGGUGGGGAUGCUGGUGUCGGGAUAGGGACGGGUAUGAAUGACGUUUUCUCCUUGAUGGACAUGGGAAAUCCGGAGUUUAUCGAUUUAGAUAUGGAAGAUAUGCUUUGAACUAGAUGUACGAUAUCAUUUGAAUUUACGGGUGAUGGUUUUGCAGGAGCAUAAGGUUGAAUUCGGGUCGGGAAAGCUAUGGUGACAUAUAUGAGGAUGUUGGUCUGGUUAACCGGCCUCAAAGCGCCGCCCUAGAUUGUAUGGGUAUUGGAAUGCAUUUCGACGCUUCAUUUCGCGAGAACGUUAAAGGUCUACAUAUCGAUCAUCCUCUUUCACGC